AGACGGACGCCAGCGCGGGGCUGGGGAACUGAAAGUACUUGGGCCCUUGUGCCCCGCCAGCAUGGGGAGCGCCCGGCCCAUCCUCUGCCUCCAGCUGUGGCUGUGGGUGCAGAGCUCUGCCCAGGAGCUCGACCCUGAUGGCAGGAACGUCUGCAGGCUCCCCGCCGGCCCCGCGUGCUGCCCCGGCUGGAAGCAGGAAGGGCGGGAAUGCAUGGCCGCGCUGUGCGAGGGGGAGGAUGCCUGCGGGGCGGACGAGGUGUGCGUGAGACCUGGGGUUUGCCUCUGCAAACCUGGCUUCUUCGGAGCAGACUGCAGUUCCCGCUGCCCCGAGCAGUACUGGGGCCCCGACUGCAAGCGGAGCUGCCCGUGCCACCCCAACGGGCGCUGCGACCCAGUGAGCGGGCACUGCACCUGCGACCCCAACCACUGGGGAGGGCUCUGCCAGUUCCCUUGCCAGUGUGGCCCCCACGGCCGCUGCGACCCCCUCACCGGCCACUGCCGCUGCCUGCCGGGCUGGUGGGGCAGGAGGUGCAGCGUCAAAUGCUCCUGCAACCUCUCGCCCUGCGCCCAGGAGACGGGCAAGUGCAAAUGCAAGGCUGGGUUUUGGGGGCCGUUGUGCCAGUGGCGCUGCGACUGCCUUCACGGCUCCUGCAGCCCCCUCAGCGGGCACUGCAGCUGCAACCCCGGCUACCAGGGCAGGAGCUGCCGGGAGCCCUGUCCAGCAGGAAAAUACGGGUCUCAGUGUGUGCACAGCUGUGGGAGCUGCAAGCACAGCCAGCCCUGCUCGCCCGUGGACGGCUUCUGCCUGGCCUGCCAGCCCGGCUGGAACGGGACCCUCUGCAAGGAGCCCUGCACCCCCGGCUUCCACGGCGAGGACUGCCUCCAGCCGUGUCCCCGCUGCUGGCACGGGGAGGUCUGUGACCCAGAGACUGGGUCCUGCCUGCACUGCGAGCCCGGCUGGAUGGGACCCAGCUGCAACAUCUCCUGCCCCGUGGGCACCUUCGGUGAUGGAUGCCAGCUCCUCUGCCCCGAGUGCGUUGUGGGGAGCUGUGACCCCGUGACAGGAGCUUGCAUCUGCCAGGCGGGCUACUGGGGAGCCAGCUGCAACGACACCUGCCCGGAGGGGUAUUUUGGCGUGAACUGUUCCUCACCCUGCCAGUGCUCCCGGGGGACCUGCCACCCCGUGCGGGGUGACUGCGUGUGGAGUCUUAAGGACCACGGGGCCUUGGCAGCCGCUGUCCUUGUCCCUCUCCUCCUGCUGCUGCUCUGCAUUGCCUGCUGUUGCUGCGGAGCCGGCCCAGCAGAUGCUAGAGACAGGGCGGCCGUGCCGGACGACGACGUGGUGGCCCGGAUGAAGCACCACGUGCAGGGGGUGCUGGCGAACCUCAGUGCUAUGAUGCCUUGCUUUUCCCUGGGUGGCUACAAACUUCCCAAAGUCACAGUUUCCCACCACGACACAGAAAUCCCCUUCAACCCCAGCUUCAUUGAGCCGCCGUCAGCCGCUUGGGUUUCAGACAGCUCCUUCUCCUCCUCCUUCGACACCGACAACGAGGGACCUGAGUACUCCGUCCCUCCCAGAGAAGGUGUCCCAUUGCUGGGGGGGGCCGAGCUGCAGGAUGGGGCGUCCCCCCUCAGCGAGGCGCUCCCAGACCCUUCUGCCUUCAACUCCGAGGAUGUCUCACAGCCCUUCGCCAUCCCCCGCACCUCCAGCAUCGCCAAGGCCAAGCGUCCCUCUGUGUCCUUUGCCGAGGGGACAAAAUUUGGGGCAGCGGAGACCCCCAGCCCUGGGCGGAAGCCCAAGACCCCAUGGGGCCCAUCCAGGCUGUCCUCACCGCUGGGGGAUGCAGCAGCUGAGCCCCCCACUGAGCGACCAGCCAGCGAUUGCUAUGAGAGCCCUGAGCCCCUCGUCAAGGGGGAGGAAAGCCACCGACCAUCGCCCCGGGCCGCCCCGGGGGGACGCCGGCGGGUGGUCUCCAGCACCAGGCACGUGGCCCAGAGAGUGGAAGCGCUUGAAGCGGCUGCAAAAUCCAGCAGCUGGGAGGUGAAGGGGAAGGAGCCCAAUGUCACCACCAUCUACAUGAUGGUGGGAACGGCCGGGCAGGACCCCAAGGCAGAGGGAGGUGGUGAGGGACCGGUCCAGGCUGUGCUCAAGCGGUUGGGCAGCUUGCAGAGGGGCAAGUGGGCUGCAAAGGAGGAGCCCAAGGUGAGGAAGAGCGCUGAGGCCAUCCAGAAACCACCCCGCCGGGCCCUGGCACAGCGCAGAGACUCAGUGAAUAGCUGCAAGCAGGGGGAGAGUGUCCCAGGGGCUCCCACCGAGCCACCCCCCGGCAAACACCAGCAUCUCCCUGGGAAGAGACAGUCCUUCCUUCUCGCAUCUCCCUCGCCAAAAACCACCGGGGCUCAGGAUGAGGCCAGCGAUGCUGUAGGUGCCACGGAGAGGAGCAAAAGCCCUGAGUUAAUCCUCAGCCUCGAAAUGAAGGGACAGGCUGCCCCGGAGGAAGAGCCGAAAUAUGAAAACGUGACCAGCAGCAGUGCCGAUUCGCCCCCCGGCCCCACCAAGGAGCCGCUGGCCACCCCUGCGGCCACCUGAGCCACCACCGCCUGGGCUGGGGUAGCGGGAGCCCCAGAGGCUCCUCUGACCCCAGCGUGUGGGGAGCUGAGGUCCCCCUCUGAGCUGUGAACUGGAAAAGCGUGGAGCCUUUCCACUGCCCUCCUUCCCUCCGCGCUGCGUUGCUGGUGUGGAGCCUCGCCAGCUGGCACAGCCGGCAGGACGGGUGAUGCUGAGAGCCACAGCGGUGGCAGCCCCGUGGGGUUGUGGUGCUUCAGGGCCGUUUUCUGCUCCCCCCUGCCCUAUGUGCCCCAUUUUCUGUCUGCCGCAGCCCAGAGGGACAGCGACGCUCUGGACACAGUGGUGGCACCUUCUAGUCCCUGUCGGCAUUGGGCUCGGGGACACACAUCCUCCCCGUAAACGGGAGCAGGGCUGCCAGGGGCUAGGCUGGGAAACACACGGGCAAAAACCAGUUUCACGCCAUCGGCUUUCACCUUUCCCUGUCCCAGCUCUGGUAAUGCUGCUCGGAGCCUCUUGCUGUAAAGGUGCUCCUGCCGGAGGGGAUUAUUUUGCGGAGCUGGGCUGGGGAGAGGUGAUGGGCUGUCACAAGCAGCUUCAGCGAAAAUUCAUUUUAGCUGCUUAUCUCGAAGGGUAUCUGGGUCUGCAGGGGUUUAUCUCUGUGGCUCUGGCUUUUGUGGCAGGCUCUGGCUGCCUACGUUUCUAUGUACAUGCGUAGCACACGAAAAGGCUCGUGGCACGGCACAGGGUUUAUCGACGGCCGUUUAAACUCCACGCGAUACCAAGCUGCGAUUGUGCAGGAGCAAACGUGGCAGCUGGGCCGUGACCAUCAA